CUUCAGUUGGCUCGGCGUCGCGGUGCCGCUACGUUCCUACCGACGUCCAAAACGCGACGAUAAGCACGUGAUCAUACCGACUGAUAGCGGAGGGAAAAAUUUAUAAUGUAAGGAUCAUCCGUCUUCUGUGCUAAACAAAUAUUUGCCCUUUUGUCAAAAAGCUCCAAUAAGCCCGGUUUUUGGGACUUGUUGCCAGGUUCCUGCCGAAUAAAUAAUCGGCGAUGAAACACAAAUGAGUCGAUAGAGUCGUAACGAUGGCGUCUUGUCCUUUCCGGCGAGCGUCCUCGCACGCUCUCCCCAACGGGGCCCUGAAGAGAUCUUUCACGUCGAGACAGUCCUCCAUCCAAAUCCCCAACGACGACCAAGAUGACGAAGACAAAAAUACGCUCAACUUGAAGCAUCUGAACGAUGCCAUCGUGACGCUGACGGCGCCGCCGAACGAAGCACUUCAAGUCGCCUUGGAGUCUCUCCUGCUGAAGGAAAAUGAAACUAAUCCCAGUAGGUACUCCUGUCUAAACCGAUUACCGAGCGACGUCAGCCAUUGUAGCCAUUAUGCCUAUUUGGAGGACUUAUACGACAUCAUUUCCUCCGAGGACGAAAUCGACGAAUUUGAAUUUCUGGACAAGCUGGGCCAGGAACUGAUCGUAACAUCAUGCACUGGACGCUUGGAACGAGCCCUCAAAUGCCUCGGGAGCGACCUGAAGGAGUUCCUCACCACUCUGGACGGCGUCCACGACGUGCUCAAGUACCAGGAGGAGGUGGAGCACGAAGGCGAAGCCUUCAUUUGCACGAGUGACGAAGACCACCUCCGGCUCGACUUCACCACGGAGAGGCCCGCCGUGGCCUACCUGCUAGUCGGUAGCCUCAAGGCCAUAGCCCGGAUUCUCUACAACACCCAAGCCUACGUAGAAGUCGCCCAGAACCGGAGCGACUCCCGCAAUUUCAGCUUCAAGAUCCGGCACGUCGGGGGCGAGGUCCUGGAGACCCCCAUCUCGACGCCCACGCCCGACGUGGACCUCCAGAUGGGCGUGGCCACCUUCUGCAAGGCCUUCCCGUGGCACUUUGUCCUCGACCGGAAGCUGGACUUGGUGCAGCUCGGUUCCGGGUUCAUGCGGCUUUUCGGGCGACUGUUGGGCAAUCUGGGCAAGUCCGUGGCGACCUACUUCGAGUUCCACCGCCCCAGAAGUAUUACUUUGAGCUUCGGCGAGAUCAUUAAAAGGGCGAAUACGCCGUUCGUGCUGGCCAUAAGGAACCUUCCGGGAGUUGAAUCGUUUCCAGCGGAAGGGCUGGAGCUGAAGGGCCAGAUGGUGUAUUGCCCGGAAUCCGACUCGAUCCUCUUCAUCGGCUCCCCGUUCCUCGACGGCCUCGAGGGGCUGACCGGAAGCGGCCUCUUCAUCUCGGACAUUCCCAUGCAUGAUGCCACCAGAGAUGUCAUCCUCGUAGGCGAACAGGCCCGAGCGCAGGACGGCUUACGCCGACGAAUGGAUAAACUCAAGAGCUCGAUCGAGGAGGGCAACAGGGCCGUCGAUAAGGAACGAGAAAAGAACGUCAGCUUAUUGCAUCUGAUUUUCCCGCCAGACAUCGCCAAGCGGCUCUGGCUAGGCCAGACCAUCGAGGCGAAAACCCACGAAGACGUCACCAUGCUCUUCAGCGACAUCGUUGGCUUCACGUCCAUCUGCUCCACGACCACUCCCAUGAUGGUCAUUAAUAUGCUGCAGGAUUUGUACAAUCAAUUCGACGUGUUUUGCGGCCAACUGGACGUCUACAAAGUGGAGACAAUAGGGGACGCCUAUUGCGUGGCCGGAGGCCUCCACAAAGAGACCGACACCCACGCCCUCCAGAUCGCCUGGAUGGCCCUCAAGAUGAUCGACACUUGCUCGCACCAUCACACGCACCAAGGCCAGCCGAUAAGGAUGCGGAUCGGCCUGCACACGGGGUCGGUGCUGGCGGGGGUGGUGGGGGUGAAAAUGCCGCGCUAUUGCAUGUUUGGCCACAACGUGACCAUCGCCAACAAGUUCGAAUCCGGGAGCGAGCCGCUCCGGAUAAACGUCAGCCCGACCACAUACGAGAGGCUGGCGGCGUUCGAGGGCUUCAGGCUGGAGGCGCGCGAGCGCUCCUGCCUCCCCAAGGACUUCCCCGCCAACAUUCCGGGCACUUGCCACUUCCUUUCCGACUACAAGCACCCGGCCUUGCCGCCGGACGCCGCCCUCACUCAGCACAUCGAAGCCGGCUUGAAAGAGAUCGGACUGAGCUCCGAGACUUCCUAAUAACGCCGGAGCAAUAGCCCGCUUGUACCAUAGCGCAAUAAUCGCACACUGUGUAUAUACCGCUGGACCAGACGACGCAAUAAGUCACGAUUUCUGUUCUCACCGCUUUUGUACAUAUGUAAAGACGGGACGAGCUCACUUUUCACCGACUUUGUGGAUUCGAUGUAUGUGUUACUACUGUGUUCAACUUCGGACUCGUGCCCGGGACUGCAUGUAUAAAGAAAACCAUUUCUAUUUACCUGAAAGUAUAAAGCGUUUGUUCUAAACUUCGGAGAUAGGAAUUUGUAAGAUUGUAGAUUGAGUUUCAAACAAAACUGUCUUUCCUUCUUGAGCUUUAUUCGAUCAAAUCAAAGACUAUUCUCAUGUUAAUGUAAAGUAGACGUAACUAUUAUUUCUCAUUGUUUUACGUUGAGUUGGAAGAUUGUGUUGCAUUGAAUAAAUUAUUAAAAUUA